AUGGAUAAAAACGUUAUCAACGAGCUUUUAAACACUUCUUCGAACCUAUCCGGUAAAGAUAGGUCCAAUAUUGAAUGGAUGUUACGUUCGUUUAACCCCGAACCAUUGGAAUUCUAUCGACACCUGAAUCGUAAAACGAAAAGCAUUGCCACGAGCGCAUAUUCUAGUGCACUUUCAUUUGUUUUAACACUAUCAAAUAGUAUUCCAGAAAAGAGAAUGUCAAUUUUUCAAGAAAUUCAGGAAAAAUGGAAGAAGGGGAUUUUCAAUAAAGACUGGAGUGUGUUUGUCGCGGAAAAAUCGGCGUCAAUAUCUGUAAUAGCAUGUUAUAACGUUCAAAGAAGUUAUAAUCGUGAGGUUUCUUCUCACUCCUUAAAACGCAAGCGUGAUUAUCCGAUUACUCCCAACAAACCAAUUAUCCAACCGGAGAUGAAAGAAAUGUACCCGCAAGUGUCUUUUACAAAAAAAUGUAAGGUUGUUGUUUUCGAAGAUGAGUCAAAAAAAGUUGAGCCAGGAAAGGACGGUCAAAAAGCUGAGGUUACUGAUUCAGAUAAAGAUGAUCAAAAAGCCGAGAUUACUUUCGAAGACGAGUUAGAAGGUUUAGAAAAAGAUGAUCAAAAAGCUUUUGAAGAGGAGUCGAAAGGUUCGGAGAAAGAAGAUAAUCCGUUCAUAGCUAUGGAUUGGCAUGCGUGGCUAGAAAGAAUUCUGGAAGUCAGUAAAGAGCUACCUAUUUAUAAGAAACAACUGCUGAAUAAUCAUUUAUGA